AAAACAGGCUUGGAAUUAUAAUUGUACCUCCGCCAUUUUACUGGCCUUCUGCACUCAGAAUAUCAAAUCUGUACCAUUUUAUUAUUUAUUUUCUGACUUUGACUCCUUAUUUUAAAGCAUUAUUCAUCAGAUACUGAGAAUGUUCUGAUUUGCGGAAAAGUUUCAGAAUGGAAGGAGAUCAGCCAGAUUCCCAACAGGCCUCUGGAGCUCCCCAACCUCAAGCCACAGUUGUGAUUGCUACUCCACAGGAAGAACUUAUUGUUCGACCUUUGCACAACCAGUCCCAGGCCCAGACUGGGGCUAUAAUAGUAAAAGUGAAUCCCCAAACUGGCUUUACUAGCUCAUCAAAAUUAAAAAGCUUGUUACCCAAGGGUUUAGUCAGCAAUUUUUCAAAGGCUGGAGUAACAUCUCUGCCUUUCAGAGAUGUGCAUGAUGCAAACAUUGACCCGGAUUUGGUCAACUCUCUGAUUUCUAGCCCUGAACUUCUGAACCCUGCUUUGCGAAAUAAAUCAUCACAACCAGUGUUAUCGUCAUCAUCAUCUUCACAAGCUGCGGUAGAGACUGCUUCACAAGUUGUGAGAUCUGAAGGAAUUGAGCACAUUCUGCAGAAUUUCGGAGGUAAUGUGUUGACUUUGCCUUUCUCUGAAGAUUCAAAAGACUGUGCUCAAGAUCAAGCAAAGGAAAAUUUGUCCCAUCCUAUUGGCGAUGAAGGUCAGGAUACUUCAGAAGGCCAGACUGCUUUGAAAAAUGAUAAUAGUGAUGCUAGUGUCAACGUUGACAAAGACUCUUCUUCAUCUAGUCAACAGGCGUCAUUUUCUUUUGAUGAAAAGGAACAGGACUCUGAUGUCAUAAGGAAAACAAUGGUUGAGGCUUUCGUGAAGAUGGUUGUGUGUCGAAAAGUGACAGUCCAGAGAGUGCAUGCCAAAACAGGUCAAGUUUUGGACACCAAUGUGAAAACAGAAGAAGAAGAUCCAGUUAUACUGGGUGUUGACUGUGUUGAAACAACUGAAGAUCUGGCUAGCUCUUCGUCUGCUACAGAAACAAAAGGAACGAGUGCAAAUGACUUGUCUACUACAAAAUGGAAUGCAUCUUUAGAUGGUGGUCUUAAAUUUCUGAGUGCAGUAUCAGAAAGUCGACAGAAAAUAGGUAAAAGUCUUAUUAAAGACAAACUCAUAAAAUCUGCAUUGCAAAGCAGUUCUUUGUCCAAGAUACCAGCAUCUGUUAAUAAAGAUACUUCAAUAGACUUUUCAAAAGCAGAGGAAAGCUUUACCUUGAAAGUUUCCCGUUCGACAACUAAUAAGCCUGAGGUUAAAACUGAAAUAAAAGAAGAGAGUGACUUUGAAUGGGAUGAAGAUUUAAAUGAUGAUAGUGAAGACUUUGUCCCUAACUCAUCUGUGACAACUCGUAGAACUUCAAGUAUCACAACAAGAAACCAAAAGACCACUACCGGUUUUUCCAGCAGCUUGUCAAGUAAAGAAGAUUCAAAAUCUGACUCAGUAAUUCUGCUACCUAAGAAAAGAGGAAGAAAAAGGAAAUGGGACAAUGCACUUGGUUUGUCUUCAAACCUUCGAAGAUGUCAGUUUUGCAGUAAACUUUUCAAAAGUGUGCAGGCGUGUGCAAAACACAUGAAAAAAGGAGAAUGUAUCUCAUCCGUUUUUUGCUUUAUCUGCUCUAAGGCUCUAAAUGAUGAGCGAGAAUUAGAAGAGCACUUAUCAUCCCACCGAAAUGAAUCAAAAAGCAGUUCAUAUUCAUGUGAAGAUUGUCAUCGAGAGUACAGAACAAAAGCUGGUUAUCUGAAACACUUUCGGAUGGGAACUUGCCAGAAAAGGAAAAGUUAUGAAGAUGGGAGCACUGGUGAAUUUUUGUGUGAUAUCUGUGAAUCAAGGUUCAGCAGUGAGGACUAUCUAAAGCUGCACCGCUACAAAGUGCAUGAAAAUCCAAGGGACACACAUGACUGUCCAGAUUGUGGGAGAAAAUUUUAUAGCUAUGCGGGCUUUCAAAAACAUCGGAAUACAAAGUCUUGUACUGAGCCACUGAAAUGUCAUAUUUGUGGGAAAACUUAUUCUAAUAAAGCCAAGGAAAGCUUCAAAAUCCACAUGAAGCACCAUAAAUCUGAGGUGACUGGUUUGACUUUCAAUUGUGAAGAAUGUGGUCGCGCUUACAUGACUCAAAUGGCUUUGAAUAAGCAUAAACUGUCCCAUACUGGGGUCAAGCCCUACAAAUGUGAAACCUGUGGAAAAGAGUUUUCUAUGCGUUAUAUGGUGAAAGAUCAUGCCCGAAUGCACACAGGGGAACGUCCGUUCCUGUGCAGUCUUUGUGGCAGUGCAUUCAGCAAUAAGGGCCAUCUCGGUCGGCACCUCCGCUCUCACGAAAACGGUACAUUGCUCAAACGGGGACGCCCAAAGAAGAUUAGAGAGCCACAAGAAAACCUCCCUCAGGAAACAGAGCUGAAAAUGAUAGACUUACGGGAUGCUCUUCAGGGCUUUGAUGGCCAGUCUAUACAGGUUGUUGAUGGUCAAGUCUUUGAUGCUCAGGGAAACAGUACACCAAUGAUUAUCCAAGCUGACAAUAAUACAAUAAUUAUCGCUGAAGGGUGGCCAGAGGCUGCGGGAGCUAAUCCGACUGUUGGUUUAGAUGGUACCCAUGAAAUUGUCAAUGUCACCAAUAACAUUGUGCCUAAUCUUAGUGUUUAGACUCGUUCAUUUUACACUCUGGUACUGGUAGGGAAUUUAAUGUAAGGAGAUAUUUCUGUCUGUUGCUUGAUCUGAUAGUACAUGCAAUUUGUUUGAAAAUUUAUAGUUGUGAAAUGUAUGCAAGUUCGUCAGUUGAAUUGAAUGAUACACUCAGUUACUUUUGCUCAGAUAAAUGAUGAAUACUCUUCUGUUAU